CCUAAGUCCUAACUAUCCCAUAUUUGAACAAGUUGUGAAAUCAAAAUCAAAAUCAAAUUAAGAAAAACUUCUUUCCAUAACCAUGGAAGCUUCUUCCUUGCAAACUUCUCCAGCUAAAAGGCUAGAAGGUAAGGUAGCAAUAAUAACUGGCGGUGCUAGUGGCAUCGGAAGAGCCUCCGCUAAGAUAUUUGCCCGAUACGGUGCCAAAGUCAUUGUGGCCGAUGUCCACGAUGAUAGAGGCCGCUCCCUCGCGGAGUCAUCGAACCAAACCAUCUCGUUCAUACACUGCGACGUGACCAAAGACGACAACGUCAAGAACCUUGUUGACUCGGUUAUCUCUGAGCACGGCACGCUCGAUAUAAUGUUUAUCAACGCGGGCAUCCUCGGAGACAUUAGCCCCAGCAUUUUGUCUACAGAUGAGGGGAACCUCAAGACCAUAUUCGGGGUCAACGUAUUUGGCGCAUUCUUCUGCGCCAAACAUGCUGCCCGAGUCAUGAUUCCAGUCAAAAAGGGAAGCAUAAUCUUCACCGUAAGUAGUGCUUCGGUAGCUGCCGGUUUAGCACCUCACGCGUAUACUUCGUCCAAGCAUGCAUUGGUGGGGCUGACCAAGAACUUAUGUGUGGAGUUAGGGCAACACGGUAUCAGGGUCAACUGCAUAUCGCCUCAUGCGAUCCCAACCGAGAUUAUGACAAAAGGGUUUUCCAUGGAUGGUGAAUCGGCGGCUCGUCUUGUGGCCGAGACGUCUGUUCUGAAGGGGGUUACGUUGGAAAUGGAUGAUGUGGGGGAGAUGGCGGUUUUUCUAGCAAGUGACGAGUCGAAGUAUGUUAAUGGGGUGAACUUGUUGUUAGAUGGAGGCUACACAACUACAAAUCCAUCACUUGGGCUUGCUCUGGCUAAUGCAAUUAGUCAUCUGUCCUAAUUAUAAUUUGUGUCUAAUUUGUGAUGGAUGGGGUUAAUUUCAUCAAUUUUAUUAGUACCGUAAACACUGCAAAAAAUAUAGAAUUUCGUGUGUUUUAUUUCUUCUAAAUUGUUGAACGAUCUCUUCAUUCUUUUGAGUUUUUUAAUUGGUUAAAUUAUUA